UAGUUUGUGAUCCGGUGAGAAAGUUCUUGUGCCUACUGUACUGCAGAAUUCUUUCUCAAAUAAUUCCCGCUGCAUGAUUCCUUAACCUGUGCACAUGCACAUGCCCUCGCGCAUACACACCCUGUGUUGGUCUUGACUUGACUUCCACACUCCCUCUUUUCCUUUGCUCUCAUCAGAGCAGGCUCUCUUCAGCAGUGACUUAGCACCAGGAAAAGAUAUGCUUUUCCUCAGUUGUUUUGCUUCUUGGUUUCAUUUCACAAUGGAGCUACAUUGCACUUUCCUGCUGCAUCCACAGAUUUGUUACCAGAAAUGAUUUGUUGUUAACUGUCCUUUGAGUCAUGCCUGAGGUGUGGCAACCCUGUGGAUGAGACACCUCCAAGACCACCUAACUUCCACUGCUCUGUUUAGGUCCUGUACAUUCAGUCCCAUGACCUCCCCUGUUUGAGUCUAUCCAUCCUCCAUGCAGUCUUCCUCUCUACUUUCUACCUUUCUUAGGAUUGUUGUCCUUUUUUAAUUAUUCAUGCCUUCCCAUGGUGUGGCCAAAGUACAACAGCCUCAGUUUCAUCAUCUUAGCUCCCAGGGAGAUUACAGGAUUGAUCUGUUCAAGGACUCAUUUGUUAGUUUGCAUCAAGCUGGCUACUCUAGGCCCUGUUCUCUCCUCCCUCUUUCCUGCACCAUAGAAAAGAAAGGGGACUCCUCCAGGUGAUGCUGAAUCAAAGCGACUGCAGAAUCUCAAAACUCAUUAGCUCUUAAGUGAACUUCACCCUUGUUUAUGCUGCCAUAGAUUGACAGCAGCCCCCUCCCUCGCCAUGAAUGACCGUGGCCCUUAUCUUCUGGCUUUUCCUCUUUGCAUGGCUGGAGACUACAACUUGUGUAAUUCCUGGAGACUCUCACACACCCUCUGUGUCAUCUUCUCCCAGGCGGAGCAACUUGCUCCUUGUAACAAGCUGCUGCUUGCACAGUCAGGGAUGGGUUUGGAACGUGCAGAUGCUGCCGGAAAAACUCUGCCUCGGGGGCUGGGGGCCUGCAGAGACGAGACAGAGCAAGGGCUUGCGCGUGCGGGUCUGGCUCCCCGUUCCACACCUAGGCUAACAGUCAGAUCUGUACAGCCCCCUUACAAAUCCCAAGUGUUGUAGGCUUUUGAAAAAGAAAGAAAAGCAGCAGGCAGCCUGGUGGCACACAGAAAAGGCCUUGGAAGUACUUUGCAGGCUCAAAAAACACCUCUGUACAGGCUGUGCAUGAAGGAGUCAAGCGAAGUACUGCGGGGACAGAUGCAGUGCAUGAUGCGAACGCUCCACGAUCUUAAGAGGGUGCAUGACGAAGAGUUUCAACUGGAUCCCCAGGAGAUGGAGAGGGCAUCCCCUGCCACCCCAUCCCCAAAGCAGUGUGCCAGUCCUCGAGUGUCAGCGCUUUCCGAAGCAGACUCUGCCUGUUGUUUGGAGGUGGCUGUGGAAGAGGAGGUGGCUCUCUCUCCUCCCAGUAGCGAGCGGAGCCUGGAAUUUGACUCCGGGUACUCUGAAGUGUCUGGGAGCAGCUGGCGGGAUGAGGAGGGACCCCCACCCUUAAGAGCCAGUAAGCUUUCCUCAGGGGGCUUCUUGCGUCGCCGAGUACCUGCCAGGAGGCCCCGUCCAAAAUCUGCUUCUGAUGCCUGCCUGGAACGGUGGCGGGAUGUUGAACCAGUGGAUGCAGGGGACUGGACUGUCUCCCUUCUCUCACAGAGCCGCAACCGGCAACCUUUGGUGCUGGGGGACAACUGUUUUGCUGACUUGGUUGAGAACUGGAUGGACUUGCCCGAAGAGAGUGGGGAGCGAGGGCGGCUACAGCGCUGGCUGGCCAAACCCCACGGCUUCCUGCUCAACCUCUCAGGCAAUGUACGCCGCAGGCUGGCUGGCAUUUCACGCACAGAGCGUGCCAAGCAGGACUCUGAUGGCACCAAGCGUUUCUCAUGUCCUGUGGGCCUUGGGGGCCGGCCUUCCCUCCCCUACUUCCACCAGUCCCAUGCCAACAUCAGUGAGCUUUCCACAGACUGUAGCAGCUUUGCUGCCCUCAUGAACUGCCGAAGUCGGCAACCCAUAAUUUGCAAUGAUGUGAUUGGCUACAUCUAGCCAGGCCUUCCUUUUUCAUCCUCCUUUUUCUAAACAGAUCUAUAUUUUUAUGGUUGUCUGUAAAUAAAUGUUUUUUGUAUA